GCUGUUUCCUGUCUACAGUGUCUGUGUAAUGUAGAUAAAUGUGAGGAUUUUCUCUAAAUCCCUCUUCUGUUUGCUAAAUCUCACUGUCACUGCUAAAAUCAGAGCAGAUAGAGCCUGCGCAAUGGAAUAAAGUCCUCAAUAUUGAAAUGUGACAUUGCUCUCAACAUCUCACAUCUCUCUGGAUUUCUUUUUUCUCAUCAUUACUGCUAACAAAUUCAUUUCCAGACUUUGCACUUUUAAGAAGCAAUGGAAAAAAUCAACAGUCUUUCAACACAAUUAGUUAAGUGCUGCUUGUGUGAUUUCUUGAAGGUGAAGAUGCACACUGUGUCCUACACCCAUUUCUUCUACCUUGGGCUGUGUUUGCUUACCUUAACCAGUUCUGUUGCUGCUGGCCCAGAGACACUCUGUGGUGCUGAGCUGGUUGAUGCUCUUCAGUUCGUGUGUGGAGACAGAGGCUUUUACUUCAGUAAGCCUACAGGGUAUGGAUCCAGCAGUAGACGCUUACACCACAAGGGAAUAGUGGAUGAAUGCUGCUUCCAGAGUUGUGACCUGAGGAGGCUGGAGAUGUAUUGUGCUCCAAUAAAGCCACCCAAGUCUGCACGGUCUGUACGUGCUCAGCGCCACACUGAUAUGCCAAAAGCACAAAAGGAAGUGCAUUUGAAGAAUACAAGUAGAGGGAACACAGGAAACAGAAACUACAGAAUGUAAGAACAUGCCAUCCAGAAGAAUGAAGAAUGAAUGUGCCAUCUGCAGGAUACUUUGCUGUAAAUAAAUUAUUUGUUAAACAUUGGAAGACUUAAAAAAACCUUUGUUUUAAAAAGCUUGAUGCAAUCUCAACCAAUGGGCAUUCUCCCAGUGAACAAUGCAACUAAACAUUCCAAUAUUAAGUCUUUAGAGAACAGAACAUUUUAACCAGCCCAGAGCUAAAAUUUCUGUGGUUGAUAUAUUACUGUUUGUUAACCUGUUUUAAAUGUCCUGCACAAAAACUCCUAAAGUCUUGUGCCCCUCAAAUGCUUACAAAUUUAUGGGCCUUUGAUGGAUCCAAUUGCACUAAAUUAACCUAUGAA